AUGCGAGCCUUUUGUUUCAUAGCGCUAAAAUUCCAUCUUCCAAGCACUUUACUCCACUUCUUGUCUAAAAAUGUUUGCUUUUUAUAUUGUCAAACUGCAUUUUAUACUACCCAUUUACCUAAGCUCACCUUUAAAGACUACCAGCUCCUUAAUUGCCUCUCCCAGGGUAGACUCCAUGAUGCACACAACCUGCUGGACAAAAUGCCUAAGAGAAGUCCCCUUAGCCGGAUUGUUUAUUGGACUUCAUUGCUUUCGAAGUAUUCAAGAAGUGGGUUUGUUGAUGAAGCUCGAGCGCUAUUUGAUAUCAUGCCUGAGAGAAAUGCUGUUAGUUAUAAUGCACUGUUGUCGGGGCUUUUGCAGUGUGGGAGGCUGAGUGAGGCAAUGAAGUUGUUUGAAGAGAUGCCGGAGAGGAAUGUUGUUUCUUGGACUUCGAUGCUAUGUGGAUUGGCUGAUGCAGGAAAGAUUUGUGAGGCAAAAAGCUUGUUCGAGGAGAUGCCAGAUAGGAAUGUUGUUUCGUGGAAUGCAAUGAUUGUUGGGUUGAUUAGAAAUGGGGAUUUGGAGGCUGCGAGGAUGGUUUUUGAUGAGAGUCCGGUCAAGAAUGCAGCUUCUUGGAAUGGCAUGAUUGCAGGGUAUGCAGAGAAUGGUAGAAUGGAAGAAGCAAGGGCUUUGUUUGAUGAAAUGGAGGAUAGAAAUGUGAUUACUUGGACAAGCAUGGUAUCAGGUUAUUGUAGAGCAGGUGAAGUCGAGGAGGGAUAUCAUUUAUUUCGGACGAUGCCUAAAAGAAAUAUUGUUUCUUGGACUGCCAUGAUCGGUGGAUUUACUUGGAAUGGCUUCUACGAAGAUGCUUUAUUGCUAUUUCUUGAGAUGAAGAGGGGCGCUGAGAUAACACCAAAUAUAGAGACUUUCAUUUCACUUGCUUAUGCUUGUGCUGGUUUAGGAUUUCAUCGUCUUGGCAAGCAGUUGCAUGCUAGGCUGAUAACUGAAGGGUUAGAUAAUGAUGAUUAUGAUGGCAGGUUAUCUAAAAGCCUUAUUUGCAUGUACUCUUCAAUUGGCUUCAUGGAUUAUGCACAUUAUAUAUUUAAUAAAAACUCAAAUUACUAUGUUGUUCAGUCUUGUAACUAUAUGAUUAAUGGUUACAUCCGAAUUGGGCUAUUAGACAAGGCUCAAAAUUUGUUUGACACUAUGCCUGUUCGGGACAAAAUCACUUGGACUUCAAUGAUUGAUGGGUAUCUUGUUAUUGGAAAUGUAUCUGAAGCAUGCUCCUUGUUCCUUUACAUGCCUGAAAAGGAUGCAGUAGCAUGGACAACAAUGAUUUCAGGGCAUGUCCGAAAUGAACUUUUUGCUGAAGCUACCUAUUUGUUUUCAGAGAUGCUGACUCAAGGUGUUAGACCCCUUAGUUCUACAUAUGCUAUACUUUUUGGAGCUGCAGGUGCAGUGGCAUCUCUUGAUCAGGGGAGGCAACUGCACGCCAUGCUGACAAAAACGCUGUCCGACAAUGACUUGAUUCUUGAAAAUUCUCUAAUCUCAAUGUAUGCAAAAUGUGGGGAGAUUCGCAAUGCAUAUAGAAUAUUCUCACAAAUGAUCUCUCAUGAUCUGAUUUCUUGGAAUUCCAUGAUCAUGGGAUUUUCACAUCACGGGCUAGCGAAUGAAGCACUAGAGGUUUUUGAAGCCAUGGUAGAUUCCGGUACUCAUCCAAAUUCUGUUACAUUUUUGGGCGUCCUCUCAGCAUGUAGCCAUGCAGGGUUAAUCAAUCAAGGAUGGGAGAUAUUUAAUGCAAUGAGUGAUGUUUUUGCAGUUCAACCAGGUUUGGAGCAUUACAUUUGUAUGGUUAAUCUUUUGGGCCGAGCAGGAAAACUGAAAGAAGCAGAAGAACUCAUUUUGGGAUUGCCUCUUGAAAGAAAUCAUGCUAUUUGGGGGGCAUUGCUUGGUGUAUGUAGUUUUAGUGAGAAAAAUGCUGACAUUGCCAAACGAGCCGCCACACGAAUCCUUGAGCUGGAUCCACUAAAUGCGCCUGCUCAUGUGUUGCUCUGCAAUAUAUAUGCAGCAAGUGGGCAGCAUAUUGAGGAGCAUAAAUUGAGGAAGGAGAUGGGUUUGAAGGGUGUGAAGAAGGUUCCUGGAUGCAGUUGGAUAGUGCUAAAUGGAAGAGUCCAUGUGUUUUUGUCAGGGGAUAAACCACGACUACAGGCAAAGGAUAUGUUGUCACUCUUAUUUCAGUUUGGUGAUGGAUCAUAGAAAUAGAAAUUUUCAAUGGUUGGGCAUUAUGGAGGAUUGAGGCUUGCUUUAUGCUGUAUGAAAUGGGACUUGAGAACUGUUUCGUAACAUGCCUUCAAUUCUCUGACGCCAUAUUAGUUCAAUUCCUUUAUAUUGCUUAUCUCUCUCUUUCAAAAAUCUCAGAAUCCAACACACUAAUUGGUUGAUUCCCCCUCAUUUAGCCGAAUUUGGCUGCUCUUCAAGGUCUAAUCCUGUUCUUUCUUUAUGAUGAAUUCGACGUCGACGCUAUUCUUCGCACAUCGAAUACUCUAUUCUUUCUCGUUUUAUUCUCUAACUUCUUUCUCAGUUUCUUCUUCUUCUUUUUCAUAAUCUUCUUCUUUGUAAUUGUAGUUCUGCCUACCCAAACUGCCAUCUUGAUGAUGAUUACCAAUGUACUCGGCUAGUGGUUGGAGUGGGACGUGGACGGGUAGAACCACGGAAGCUAGAAUCGAGCUGGAGGCAUCGGCAUUUUGUGUACGAAAAGAUCCGCCGAUCAUGCCAUCCAAAAAUGGAAGAAGUCAGAGUUGGAAAAGGACGAAGUUCUACAAAGAAACAGCGACUACAAGGCUUGGGGAAUUCAAAUAACUGUAAUGGAACAUAAAAGGAACAGAUCAUAGAAAUUAUAAGCACUCAAACCAUAGAAAUUGGAGUAUCUUACAGAGGAACAAGAGAAGCUGAAAUGGGACCGUGACUUUUUUCUUAAUUAAAAUAAUAUAUAUAUAUGUUCUUUUUUCUUUUUGUUGGAAGAUGAUGAAUAGUAAUAAUAAUAAAGAUAUUAAAUUGGCAA